AUGCUCAGCACAACUAAGAGGGUCCCGGUGCAAAUAAGUAUCCCAACCACAACCCCGGUCGACAACGAUGGCGAACUUGAGGGUCCCGGUGUUGACGAGGACCUAGAAGGAGGGGGCGGGCUCCGGCUCGGAUUAGAAGGUGUUGUCGGCGUGUUGGUACGAGACGGGGGCGGAGGAGACCUCGACGGAGUAGAUGGAGUCGCUGGAGUUGUGGACGGCGUCGAUGGUGGCGGUGGAGAAGCCGAUGAGUCCGGAGGUGGCGUUGUAGUGGAGGGAGGCGAGGGAACUGGUGUAGUAGGCGUUGGUGGCGAGGGAGUCGACGACGUAGCUACUGGCGGCGACAGAGUGGUAGAAGGAGGCACAGAUGUGGCAGCCGAAGGAGACGGAGUGGCUGGUGGAGGUGCGGGAGUUGAUGGAGUAGUAGGCGGCGUUGCGGUUCGAUUCGGAAUUACCAUAUUGUAA